AUGGUCCAGAGGCCGAAGAUCGAGUAUGUCAUCUUCGAUAUGGAUGGACUGCUCAUCGACACGGAGAGGGUGUACACAGAGGUCACAAAUAACAUCCUCGCAAAGUAUGGCAAGGAGAUGACCUGGGACAUCAAGGCCGGGCUCAUGGGCAAACCCGAGCGCGAAGCCGCAGCGCACCUCCUCUCCUUCUUCCCCGACCUCCCGCCCGACUUCACCAUCGACACCUACCUCAACCUCCGGCGCCCCGGCCAAGACCUGCUCUGGCCGACCGUGCAGCCGCUCCCGGGCGUGCUCAAGCUCGUGCGGCACCUCCGGCGGCACAACGUGCCCAUCGCGGUCGCGACCGGCUCGCAGCGGCGCCACUACGCGAAGAAGAGCGCGCACCUCAUGGACGCGCUCUUUGGGUGCUUCGAGGGGCACAUCGUCUGCGCGGACGACGGGCUCAUCCGUACGGGCAGGGGCAAGCCGCACCCGGACGUGUUCCUCGUCGCCGCGGAGAGGAUGCUCGGGCGCGCGGUGGGCGAGGGCGAGGUGGAGGAGCGCAGCCUGGGCGAGGAGCAGAGGGCGGAGCGCGCGAAGGGCCUUGUGUUCGAGGAUGCGAUCCCGGGCGUGCAGGCGGGGAAACGCGCCGGGAUGAACGUUGUGUGGGUCCCGGACGCGAACCUCCUGGCGCUGGGCGAGGCGGGGCCAACCCUAGGUGUCGAACAGCCCGAGCAGACGCUGAAGAGCCUUGAGGAAUUUGUGCCCGAGGAGUGGGGCUUGCCUCCGUAUGAUGCGGAGUCUGAGUAA